CAGACAUUGAGUAUAGCUCUGUGAGGCUCACCAAAAUACCCUGAUCCCGCUUUGCUCGAGGCUAAUUCCUGUGAUCAAGUGAAGCUAGCAAUCCGAACAAUCAGCACGAAAUAAUCCAACUGUAUUGCUAGGCAAGCAUGAGAACAUAAUUAAGCACAGUCCGAAACGGACGGGGACACCUGUUGUACCGUGUGCCGUGGGACUCCCAAGGCUGUGGUUACAUGGCAUUUGAACUCCACUCCAAUUCAGUCAAGCAUUGUCAUUGACUGCACAAGCCUGAUUUCUUGGGGUGGAAUUCGGAAAGACGUUGGCCUGGGCAGAGAGUGGAGCUCCGCUCAAGAAGUAUACACAGAUGGCGCAGCAGCGGAUAGACAGGCUUUGGUCGGAGGUGCAGCGUACUGAGCAAAAGAUUGAGGAGCAGCAGGAGAAGAUAGAAAAGGCCAUUGAGGAUGAGAAGCCCCAGAAGCUUGUUGACAGCUACAUGGAGGAGAAGGCUCGCCUAGUCGCAAAGGAGAAGGACCUGAGCCAGCAGCUGAUGGCCCUGCAGACGCAGCUGAUAACCCCAGCAGGCAUGAGGGCCGUGGAAUAUCAGGCGUCCAACGGCAUAGAUCAUCGCCCUCUAGGGAGGCGUUCUGUGGCGACUGAUGCCACCAAGCCAGACAGCAACUUCUAUGUGGAGAGUGCCAUGGUGGACAGCCUGGCCGAUGACAUGGCCACAGGCUUGGUCGUGCUGUACAGAGAUCCUCGUCAAAGUGGGAAGACCACGGACGCAUUGGCAGUAUGCCGUCGGCUGCGCCAAUCCGGCAUCCAGGUCGCAUACGUGGAUCUCGGUGAUGCGGCAGGGAGUGCUUUUGACGAGGCGGCCACAAAUGCGGAACCAAUCUGGAGGGAGGUGCUGGAGGAAUUUGACAUCGCCGGGGUGCCUGGCAAGUCAAGCUACCGGACCUUCAGGAGCUUUUUGAAGCGUCCUGAGGGCCCACGGGUGGCAGUGGUGUUUGAUGAGUGUGAUACUCUGCACCAGCUGCCCGUCGUCUUCAAACGCUGGCUCAUGGGCGUUCGUUUGUUGUCGCAACAGCGUUUCCCAGACAGCAGGCUGUGUGGCCAGAUGCUGGUGGGCACACCGCGCAUGGAGGAGGCCAUCCCCAAUUCCCUGGACGGCAUCGCAUGGUCCAAGCUCAUAGUGGGUGCGGUACAAUCUCCUUCUCGCUUCUCGCCCACCGAGGUGGGUGAGCUCCUCUGCCAGAUGGUCGCCGCACGCAACAGGCGCCUCAGCGACUCCAUCGAGGACUGGGCGUCCUCGCUGUGGAGCCACACGGAGGGGUCCAAAGGCCUCACGGGCAUUUGCCUGCGAGAGCUGGACAUCGAGUGCUUCAGCACCCUGUCAGAGUGCAAGCUGUCAGCGUGGGAGAAGUCUCUGCGCCACGACCUGGUCAAGCGCCUGACAAGAGGUACCAGGACGGCAUACGAUCGCAUGCUGAGCGCUGUGGACACCUCCGAUCCGACCAUGCAGGCGAUCAUCGAGAAUCUUCUGUUGACUGGGCGCCAUGCAGUGCCUGAUCCUGACAGCCUCUGCAACGCCGAAUAUGAACUGCUGUGCGACGGGGUUGUCCGCGUCGCGGGUGUGGCGGGAGGUCAUUACCUCGAGGCGUCCUCCCCCAUGCUGGCUGCGGCUAUGCUUAACGCCGCCCUCGAUUCAAUUCAGGAUUUGCCACAGCUACCAGCGCCGCCGGCAGAGCCCACCGCCCGGGAAUUGGGGGAGUACCUUUUGGAGAACGGUUUGGGCCAAUUCCAGAGCAGCAGGCUACUGCAAGAGAAGGUCCGGACAUCUGAUGGCCAGCAAGUGCUGGAGUGGGCAUUGCAGCAUGAGCUCAGCCGAGGCCUGCACUUCGCACUUCGCAGCGCUGUGUUGUUCACCACCCUGGAGUUCAAGGAUCUAAAGCUGGCAGUGGAGGUGCGCAACACAGCGUACCAAGCCCCAGGAGCGAGCGGCGGCGGCGGCGGCGGCGGCGGCAGCAGCCGUAGCAGGAGCAUAAUUGACAGCGCGCCGGCUGAGAGCCAGACUAGCAUGGGUGCUGGCACAGCAGAGUCAGCUCGCAGGACUGGCCCGCCAAGUGUGUCGCAAGGCAGCAGCGCCAGCCAAUAUGCAGGUGCAACAGAGGCUGACAGGUGCAGGCGUUUAGAUUUGUACGUUGGCAAUGGUCAGUACAGCACCGGCUAUGAGCUCAGCUCGGCAGCCUCAGCUGCGGAUCUCAAGGAUCACGUCCAGCGCAGUGUCAAAUACAGCGAGCAGCACAACUGUCAGGUGUUUGCUGUGAACCUGCAGCGCCCCAAGCGCCCGCGCGGCCGCCCCCGGAAGAAAGCUCUGCCGCCUUCCGAGGCGCUGACUCAGGCACAGCUGAAGGAUGCGAUGGGAAACUUUGCGUCCUGGCCAAAAGAGCACUGUGACAAGGUGGUCUUUGUCAACGUGCUGCUAGAGCUGGAGCUGGGACGCGUCCUGCUGCAGUACGUGGACGAGCCAGACGUGGUGAAGGUGAUCCAGCUCAGCGAGCCUCAGGGCCAAGUCCGGGAGACAGCGCUGCGGCUGUCCACCAAGCACUGGUUACGAGCGUUUGCUAAGGAGGCGCGCGAACUGGGUGGCUUGGGAGAAGAGUUGAAUGCUUCGGGCUUCAUGGCCAGCUUCAUGGAAUGGCGAUACAUGCAGCAGGACAAGCGCCUCCACAUCCAGCGCAUUGACGAGCUCAACCUUUUGCCGGCAUGA